AAAUGGUCAAAGCCACCUUCCUCCUCACCGUCCUGGCCGCCCUCGCCAGCGUCGAAGCCUGCAAGCGCACCUGCACCCCCACCUCCGACAAGGGCGGCGUCUGCACCUACAGCUGCACGAAGAUGUGCUCAAGCUUGGGCGCCAAGGAAGCUCGCGACGAGUUCCUCUCCAACCUGCAGUCCGCGGGCCACAGUUGCAAGGCCAGUGGCUCUUCGGGCGUGAAGUGCACUAAGAAUUCUUCGUUUGGGAGCUGCUAUGAUCAUCACUGGUCUUGUGGGGGUGGGUGUUAGGUUGGGCGAGGUGUUUACCUAUCAACCUAGUAGGACGGACUAGCUUGUGGAAGGAUUCGUGGAUGAGAUGUUGUCGGUUGAGCCUGGAGGAGAUGAGGAUUUAG